AUGUCCACAGGCACCGAUACACCGACCGCUCAAUCCCUCCCGCGCUCCUCCUCCCCAUCAUCAUGUUCAUCCUCAUCCUCAGCAUGCCUUGCGACGGAUCCUCUCCAUGGAUCCUCACAGGGGAGGUCUAGUCCAAGUCUUCGCGCGUGGCGAACUCAUUCCGCGCCCUCACUCGGUCGCCAAGUCAGCGAUACAGCUAUUCCCAUGACUGCCAAUUCUGCACAGACCGACGACGUGAUUCCCGACGAAGACGCCACAUCAUGGCUACCCCGGCGAUGUUUCUGUGCGCACACGUCGUGCAGCGGUACCGCACUCAGACAGUUGGGAGGGAAAGAGGAUUUGGACGCUUGGGAUCGGGGGAGGAUCUCAGACGAAUAA